GGUAGCUGUAGCCUACCUUUGUUGGCGACGAGCGUCUCCGAUGGAGGAGCAAGACGUGGCUUCACCGUCUUGUUGGCGACUACUGGUUCCUAAUAUACAUUCGUCCUAUAUAUCUCUGUCUCAUACCCUCCAACUUGUCUUUCCUACAUCUCUCAGAACUUUCCCCAAGAUAACCAGACUCCACCGUUUCCAGAUCACCAAUUUCCAAACUUCAAAGUUCGAUUCUUGUAUACUACUAUCAAGAUGGCCGCAGCAGUUCUCCCAGCUAUGCAAGGGCUCACCCUUGACCGCGAGAUAAUGCCCCCAUCUCCUGUCUCCCAAAACUCUUCCAGACACGGCCGAUCUAGGCACGGUGGCAGCGCCGCCAAAGGCAACAAGACCAGAGGCCGAGGAUACAGCAUCGUUGAUGAGCGAGAGGUUAUGAUUUCUAAAGCUUUGAGCUGGGUCUUGAAGCGAACUGUGGAAGAGGGCGAGGAGCAAGAGGAGGGGGCCGAUAAGCUGGUAGCUGAUUCGGAGGGCUGGGUCGAUUGCGAGGAAGUCCUACAACGACCCAAUCUCGAGGCCCUCCAAGUCACAUUCUCCGAGCUCCAAGACUUAGUCGUUUCCCCAUCUUCCAAGUCCCGCUUUGCCCUGAAGCUUAGCCCAGAGGCCGAAGAUGACUCCUCCGACCCCUCCGACUACCUUAUUCGUGCCAACCCCACACAUACUCCCCAGGCUGCUGCCGCCCCCGCAGCUCCUAAAUUCACACCCAUCACCUCCGAAACCGAGGAUCUCCCAGACUUGAUCGUCUACGAGACCUCGUACGCCAACUACCCUUUGAUUCUUGCAUCUGGCGGAAUCAAGCGAGCCGGCGGACAGGCACAUUUACAAUUCGCUUCCAUCAAAGUCGAAGAAGACGGCACAGAAGUUCGCCCCUUCAGCGACGCUGAUGUGUCGAUUUUCAUCGACCUGCGAGCUGUGAUGGAGGCGGAUGACAGUAUCACGUGGGCGAGAGCUGAGAACGGGAAUGUGGUCACGGAGGGUGAUGCCAACGGAGUCAUCGAGAAGAAGUACUGGAAGAAGGCGGUGGGAAGACGAGCAGAUAUCGGGGUUCUGUUCGAGGAUGGUGAGGUUAGGAAGGAGGUCCCGAUAGGUCUGCGGGGUAAGGGUGUCAAGGGGAAGAGAGGUGGUGGGAAAGGGAAGGGCCGAGGUCUGAAGGAGAUGAAGGCUCAGAGCGAAGAUGAGGGCUCUGCGAGUGAUUAGAUUUCUUGUAUCAGGGUACCAUCGGAAUGGGUUUGGAACAUUACAUAUACUAUUUAUAGUGGCGGAAGAUACAAACAAGUAUCAUUGGG